AUGUCUUGUUCAAAAAUAUUCUUGGGAGAAUUACCAGAAUUAACAUAUGAUAUUUUAAAGUAUUUAAAAAAUGAUUGUUCAACUUUAUAUUCAUGUAUUUUAGUUAACAGAUUAUGGUGUCGUUUAACAAUUCCAUUAUUAUGGGAAAACCCAUUUUCAAAUCCUACAAAAAAUUGUAACUUUAUUGAAAUUUAUUUACAUAAUUUAAAUGAAGAUUCAAAAACAAAAUUAAAUGAAUAUAGAAUUGAGGAUAAUUUAUUUACUUCAAAUACACUCUUCAAUUAUCCUAGUUUUAUAAAAUAUUUAAAUACACGGAAGUUUAUUCUUUCUACUUAUAGAUGGACUGAAAAUUCUAUUAAAACAUUGAAACCUGAAAAAAGUUAUUCAAAUGAUGUUAAUAAUUUUGAAAGAUUAAUUCAAAUGUUAUUAUUUAAACUAUUUAUUGAUAAUGAGGCAAAUUUACAUACUUUUAAAAUUGAGAUCUUUCAUAAUUGGAAUUCUCAUUGUGAUAAUAUUUUAGAAUUAAUUUUACAAAAUCCAAAUUUUAUUCACAAUGUCAAAAAUUUAAACAUUUAUACUAGUAGUUAUCCUAAUAAUGGUAAGAAAUAUAUGAUAGCUAAAAAUCAUAUAUUAAAAUUAAUUAAUUUACAUCAAAAUCUUAAAAAAAUUUUUUUAGGAACUAAUAACUUUCUUUUAUAUCAAUCAUUAUUAUUAACACAAGAUUAUAAUUGUUCAAACACUUUAAAUACUAUCAUAUUAUGUCAGGUUAAUUUUAAAGAUAUAAUCAAUUUAGAUAAAAUAUUUGAUCAAUUAAAAGUUUUAGAAUCUGUUCAUCUCAUUUAUUGUCAUUCCUUAAAUACUAGUUUUAUUCAACAAAUUAUUAAUUUAAAUAGACCAUUUAAAUUAAAAUCUUUAAUUAUAGAUGAGACAUCAAAAAUUAAUGAAUCAUCAUUUCAAUCAUUAUUACAAAAAUGCGGUGGAUAUUUAGAGAAUUUUGGAUGUGAAUUUGGAGUUCAAAAUAAAUUAUUACUUGAAUCAAUUAUAAAAUAUUGUAAAAAUAUUAAAUCACUUUAUUUAAAUAGAUUUAGAAAUGAGCUUAUUUAUUUAUUAUUGGAUCUGAUUGAAAAUUUGAAGCAAAGUCUUAAUUAUCUUACAAUCAAGAUAACAGGUUGGGAAAAUUAUAUUGAAUAUAGUUCAAUUGUAUUACAAAAUUUAGGACAAAUCCUUCCUUUUAAAUUAUAA